AUGAGGACGCAGUGAAUCUAUUUAUUAUUCAUUGGCUCUCGAUCCUCUUCUUGAUAGUUCUGGGAAUCAUUUUAAACGUCAGAAUUUGCAUGACCAUGGUGAGGAGGAAGCGUUACAAAAGAAACGCAUCAAACUUCUUUAUACUUCACCUGUGUUCAACAGAGUUGGUUUAUCGCCUGCUUGUCUUUCCUUUGACUAUUUACUUUGUCAUUCCGAGGUCCGCAACCAAACAAAUUCUCUGCAAGUUGGUAUUUUUCUUCUCAGGGACUUGGCGAUCGACUAUAUUUGGCAGCCUGGCUGCCAUAGCUAUCGAUAGAUACCAGCACGUUGUCCAUCAUUUCGAGUCUUUGAAAUCAACAAAGGGAAGUCGUACUCCUCUUGUCCUUAUGGCCUGGUUGUACGCUGCAUUGACAUCGUUUCCCUUGGCUAUAGGUGUUAAAAACGUGCCUGUCGUGAGCAUCUCUGAGGCCUAA